UCUAAACACUGGAGCCAGUGGGGGCUGUGAGGUCAUUAAGGAAAGGAAAGGGUAAAGUUUUCAGCACGCAAAAAAGAAUUAAAUAAUCCAUUUAAAAUAAGCGUCUAUCUGGAUCGACAGCCUUUAAUGCCCACAUUUUUAACGCUUGCCCUGUACGUGGAUUGAUUUUUUUUUUUUUUUUCCUUCAGCAUUCCCUCACCAGAUGGAUUUUUGCUACUGCAGAUCAGCAGAGGGUGUCAGAUCUUUCAGAGUGCACCAGGCUGGAACAAGCAGAGCUUCUUAGCAACUCUCUUCUACCCCCUCCCCAUUCUCGCGCUCUCUCCCUCCCUCAGACAACUCGCCCCCCGCCCUCCGCCCCCUCCACGUAAUUCCGAAAGAGCAGAAUAAAGAGGAGAAAAAGAAAAGAAGAGCUAGUAACCGAGAGCUGGAGCCCAGAAAAAACGGCUGAAGAGGACCGAAAGGGAGGAAAGGAAAAGGAUGGACAGCCACAAAACGCAGCGAUUGCGGAAAUUUUCCAGCGCCAUUGGCUCGGCAGCGUGAGUCCUUUCGGUCGGGCGUGAUUUCAGCACCGGGGGGACUGGACAGCACCUCGGGGGGACUUCUGGGCAACCUGCAACCACAGCAAGAACUCCGUCAGCCGCCUCAGCUACAGAAGCCGCCGAAAACCCUGCUUUGUAUCAGAGAGGCAAGGAUGGUCGCUGUUACUUUGUGAUGAGAUCGGGGAUGAAUUGCUCGCUUUAAAAAUGCUGCUUUGGAUUCUGUUGCUGGAGACGUCUCUUUGUUUUGCCGCUGGAAACGUUACAGGGGACGUUUGUAAAGAGAAGAUCUGUUCCUGCAAUGAGAUAGAAGGGGACCUGCACGUAGACUGUGAAAAAAAGGGCUUUACAAGUCUGCAGCGUUUCACCGCCCCGACUUCCCAGUUUUACCAUCUAUUUCUGCAUGGUAAUUCCCUCACUCGACUUUUCCCUAAUGAGUUUGCUAACUUUUAUAAUGCGGUUAGCUUGCACAUGGAAAACAAUGGCUUGCAUGAAAUCGUUCCUGGGGCUUUUCUGGGGCUGCAGCUGGUGAAAAGGCUGCACAUCAACAACAACAAGAUCAAGUCUUUUCGAAAGCAGACUUUUCUGGGUCUGGACGAUCUGGAAUACCUCCAGGCCGAUUUUAAUUUAUUACGGGAUAUAGACCCGGGGGCCUUCCAGGACUUGAACAAGCUGGAGGUACUCAUUUUAAAUGACAAUCUCAUCAGCACCCUACCUGCCAACGUGUUCCAGUAUGUGCCCAUCACCCACCUCGACCUCCGGGGAAACAGGCUGAAAACGCUGCCCUAUGAGGAGGUCUUGGAGCAAAUCCCUGGCAUUGCUGAGAUCCUGCUAGAGGAUAACCCGUGGGACUGCACCUGUGAUCUCCUCUCCCUGAAAGAAUGGCUGGAAAACAUUCCCAAAAAUGCUCUGAUCGGCCGAGUUGUCUGUGAAGCCCCCACCAGACUGCAGGGGAAAGACCUCAAUGAAACCACAGAACAGGACUUGUGUCCUUUGAAAAACAGAGUGGAUUCCAGUCUCCCGGCGCCCCCUGCCCAAGAAGAGACCUUCGCUCCUGGCCCCCUGCCAACUCCUUUCAAGACAAAUGGGCAAGAGGAUCAUGCCACCCCAGGGUCUGCUCCAAACGGAGGUACAAAGAUCCCAGGCAACUGGCAGAUCAAAAUAAGACCCACUGCUGCGAUAGCGACCGGCGGCGCCAGAAACAAGCCCCAAACCAAUGGCUUGCCUUGCCCUGGGGGCUGCAGCUGCGACCACAUCCCAGGGUCGGGUUUAAAGAUGAACUGCAACAACCGGAACGUGAGCAGCUUGGCUGAUUUGAAGCCCAAGCUUUCCAAUGUGCAGGAGCUUUUCCUUCGAGAUAACAAGAUACAUAGCAUCCGAAAAUCGCACUUUGUGGAUUACAAGAAUCUCAUUCUGUUAGACCUCGGCAACAACAACAUUGCCACCGUAGAGAACAACACUUUUAAGAACCUUUUGGACCUCAGGUGGCUGUAUAUGGAUAGCAAUUACCUGGACACGCUGUCCCGGGAGAAAUUCGCCGGGCUGCAAAACCUCGAGUACCUGAACGUGGAGUACAAUGCAAUCCAGCUCAUCCUUCCUGGCACCUUCAAUGCCAUGCCCAAACUAAGGAUCCUCAUUCUCAACAACAACUUGCUGAGGUCCCUACCCGUGGACGUGUUCGCUGGGGUCUCGCUCUCUAAGCUCAGUCUGCACAACAAUUAUUUCAUGUACCUUCCAGUGGCAGGGGUACUGGACCAGUUAACCUCCAUCAUCCAGAUAGACCUGCACGGAAACCCUUGGGAGUGCUCCUGCACCAUUGUGCCUUUUAAGCAAUGGGCAGAACGCCUGGGUUCCGAAGUGCUGAUGAGCGACCUCAAGUGUGAGACGCCGGUGAACUUCUUUAGGAAGGAUUUCAUGCUCCUCUCCAAUGACGAGAUCUGCCCCCAGCUGUACGCGAGGAUCUCGCCCACGCUAACUUCGCACAGUAAAAACAGCACUGGGUUGGCGGAGACCGGGACGCACUCCAACUCCUAUCUAGACACCAGCAGGGUGUCCAUCUCGGUGUUGGUCCCGGGACUGCUGCUGGUGUUUGUCACCUCCGCCUUCACUGUAGUGGGCAUGCUCGUGUUUAUCCUGAGGAAUAGAAAACGAUCUAAGAGAAGGGACGCCAACUCCUCGGCGUCCGAAAUUAAUUCCCUACAGACAGUCUGUGACUCUUCCUACUGGCACAAUGGGCCUUACAACGCAGAUGGGGCCCACAGAGUAUAUGACUGUGGCUCCCACUCACUCUCAGACUAAGACCCCAACCCGGGUAGAGCAAGGGAGCGGGAAGGCGAUGCGCCCCCUCCCCCCCCCCCCCCCCACCAAUCCCUUACCCGGCUGGCAUCCCAGGGGUCAGAGGAGCCCAGACCCAAGUCCAGCGCGCCCCAAGGCUUUAUGGACAUAAGUAAAUAAAUAACUGUGAACUCGCUCCGCUGAGAGGGUUUGACCCCUUAGCUCCCUUCUGGAAACAAAGAGCAGACUGUGGUGAGCUGGGAGAGCGCUGCCAAAUCGCUCUUUGCAGCGAGCUCCUUUUGAUAAAACCCAGCAGGGGCCCUGCUCGAAGAACUAGCCCUCUGCCUUGGGGCUGACCGGGAUGUCUGCUGUGGUCCUAUACAUAUAUACGUGUACCCCACAUCUAUAUAGAGAGAUAGAUAUCUAUUUUUCCCCCUGUGGAUUAGCCCCGUGAGGAGGGGGGGGCGUGAUGGCUCCCUGUUGGCUAUGCAGGGACGGGCAGUUGCACGAAGGCAUGAAUGUAUUGUAAAUAAAUAACUUUGACUUCUGACAAAAACAAUAAGUGCUGCAUGGCUCGCAUGGAAUCCACGCGCUCCAGGGACGCUGCCCUCCUCGGCGACUGGAGACGGCGUCACGUUCACAGCACCCACCCUCUUACCUGAUAAGUCCCAUCGUAUCAAACUUUCUAUAAACAAAACACAGUAUAAUCAGAAAGUGCCAUUUCGCCAUUAUUUGUGAUCGGUAGGCAGUUCAGAGCGUACGUACGUUUACUGUGAAAAAAAAAAUGUAAAGGUUUUAUUUAAGACAUUUGCAUGGCUAAUCAUCAGUCCAUUUUAUGAGUUAAAAAUGUAUUUUGUUGAGCGGAGUUUUUAGGGGUUGUUUUGGGUUCUUUCUUUUAUUUUGAUGGUGAUGUUUUAAUUUUUUUUUUGAGGGGGAAUAUUUUUCUAUACAUAUCCAAUAAUGCCUUUCAUCUGAAUGUAAAAUAAGUACCCAUGAUUUCUAUUAUAGUAUCAGUGUAAUUAUUAAAAAAAAAGAUUUUGAGGCAGUUAAGCAUGACCAAUUAAUGUCAUUCUAGUGCUUAGGCUGCGAUCUUAUGGUAGCAAUUCUGUGCUGGUGUAAAUCUUACUUAUAAAGUAGGAAAAAAGAACCGAGGAAGCACGUGAAACUUACUAAUUCUAUUCGAGGAUUUUAUAAUGGCAUAUUUUUUCAGUAUUAAAGUGAAAAUGUUUUCAA